AUGGCGGUCCAAACGGUAGGCUUUGCCAUCGUCGCCGUCGUGUUCUUUCUGGUCCGCUACCUUAACCGCACCGACACGCCAAAAGUGAAAAACCUCCCUGAGAUCCCUGGCAUCCCGCUCUUCGGGAGCCUGCUCCAGUUCGGAGAGCACCACGCAAAGGUCGCUGCAGAGCUCGCAAAGAAGUACGGUCCCGUGUUCCAGGUCCGGCUCGGCAACCGACGCAUCGUCUUUGCAAACACCUUUGACUCGGUCCGCCACCUCUGGAUCACUAACCAAUCCGCCCUCAUCUCCCGCCCGACCUUACACACCUUCCACACCGUCGUCUCCAGCUCCCAGGGCUUCACCAUUGGCACCUCGCCAUGGGACGAGUCCUGCAAGCAGCGCCGCAAGGCCGCGGCCACCGCCCUCAACCGCCCGGCUGUGCAGACUUACAUGCCCAUCAUCGACCUUGAGUCCUGCGUCUCCAUCAAGGAGCUCAUAUCCGACAGCAAGCAGGGCACUGUGGACAUCGACCCCAACGCCUACUUCCAGCGCUUCGCGCUCAACACCUCGCUCACGCUCAACUACGGCACGAGGAUCGAUGGGAACAUCAACAACGAGCUCCUCAAGGAGAUCUGCGAUGUCGAAAGGGCCAUUUCGAAUUUCAGGAGCACGAGCAAUAACUGGCAGGAUUACAUUCCACUGCUGAGGCUGCUGCCGAGCUCGAGUACCGAGGCGAAGGAGUGGCGCGAUCGGAGGGACAAGUAUUUGACGUUCUUGCUGAACAAGCUUAAGAAGAACAUUGCGGAUGGGACCGAUAAGCCUUGUAUCACCGGCAACAUCUUGAAGGAUCCCGAGGCGAAGCUGAACGAGUUCGAGAUCAAAUCCAUCUGCCUCACCAUGGUCUCAGCCGGUCUCGACACCGUCCCCGGCAACCUCAUUAUGGGCAUCGCCUACCUCUCCAGCCCGGAAGGUCGCGCGAUCCAAGAGCGCGCCCACGCAGAAAUCACAAAAGUCUACCCGGCCGGCGACGCCUGGGAGAAGUGCCUCGUGGAGGAGAAGGUGCCCUACGUCACGGCUUUCGUGCGCGAGGUCCUCCGCUUCUUCACCGUGAUCCCCAUCUGCCUGCCGCGCACCUCCAUCAAGGAUAUCAGCUACGGCGGCGCUACCAUCCCGGCUGGCACGACCUUCUACAUGAACGCCUGGGCCGCCGACUUCGACCCGGCGCACUUCAAGGAGCCGCAUCUUUUCUCCGUCGAACGCUACCUCGACAACCUGGAGGGCGCGGGUGGCACUCCACACUACGCCUACGGGGCCGGGAGUAGGAUGUGCGCGGGCAGCCACCUGGCGAAUCGCGAGCUGUACACGGCCUUCAUUCGCAUCUUCACGGCGUUUGAGGUCGAGGCGCCGAAGGACGCGAGGGAUCGCCCGAUCCUGGAUGCGUUGGAGUGUAAUGCUAUUCCGACGGGGCUGACCACCGACCCGAAACCCUUCAAAGUCGGCUUCAAGUGUAGGGAUCCGGAGAAGGUGGCACAGUGGAUUCGGGAGAGCGAUGAGAGGACGAAGGCUUUGUAG